AAUUUUUUUUGCAACAGUUAAUUAAAUGAGGAGAUGAAUUUAAUAUGGGUCCUGUGAAUUUUGGUAUGUGAAUUAAAAUAGAGAAAAAUAGGUGAAAUUUGGGUAUAAAAUUUGUGGACGAAGAGACAUGUUAUUGGGUUAUGUGCAGUUGUGUUUGUCCUCUUCCGCCACUGCUAAUUUUGAAAUAUAAAGGGAGAGUUGAGGUGAAAUUCACAGAUUUGUUUAAAUUUGAGAAUGGCUGAUAAUGGUUCAAAGCUGCAAAGCUCUGGAAUGUUAUCGGUUGAACAGUUGGUGUAUCUUUUUGAUCGGUUUUCUCAACUCACUUCUCAACCUGAUGUGAAGAAAAGGAUUGCUGAUGCAGUGAAUGAUAAACAGGAAGCUGUUGCUGUUACCACUUCAAUCCAGGAAGGCAUAUUUUUGGAGAUGGGUGUUGAUCCAAGUUUUGGUAUUUCAUGCCUGGGAAAAGUGAAUGUGGUUUAUGAGAAUGAUCAGGAUUUAAUGAUUCGGUUUUAUAAAUUUGUUACAGAUGAAGAAAUUGCCUGUGAUGAAGCUGAACUCGGGCCGGAUGAGUUUUCUGAGAAAAUGCAAGUUCAGCACAAAUUUCAUGAACAGCAAUUGGAGAUGCUGAAUCAUAUGCGGAAAUUUCACCUGGAUGACCAAUCUGCGAUUCUUGAAAAGUUACACCGGCAGCUGCAAGAUGCCGACUUUGUAGGUGAGGCAUCAGUUUUGUCAUCAGAAGAGAUUCAAGAUGUUGUUAGAAGAAGAACAUCGCCUCUAUUUAUGCCCAGCUAGGUCAUACCUCAUUUUGACAGUUCAUUUAUAUUCCGCGUUGCUGCCUUUCGUAUGUUCUAUUAAAUAUUAUCCAUUGUUUGUUAUUGCAAAUGAUUUUCUUAA